UCCGCAUCCUGCUCUGGACCUUUGUGCAGUCCUUCAAGGCACUCCCCUACGUCUGCCUGCUGAUCGCCAUGCUCUUCUUCAUCUAUGCCAUCAUUGGGAUGCAGGUUUUUGGCAAUAUCAAACUAGAUGAGGAAAGCCACAUUAACAGGCACAACAACUUCCGCAGCUUCCUGGGCUCCCUCAUGCUCCUCUUCAGGAGUGCCACUGGAGAGGCGUGGCAGGAGAUCAUGCUGUCCUGCCUGGAGGGCAAAGGCUGCGAGCCGGACACGACGGCGACGUCGGGGCAGAACGAGAACGAGCGCUGCGGCACUGACCUGGCCUAUGUUUACUUUGUGUCCUUCAUCUUCUUC